AACCUGACUGCAGCUCUGCUGCGCAUGUGCGGUUUAGUUCCGCAGGGUGGGUAGCGUUAAAUGUGCAGCUGCGAUCGUUGCUGUCAGGAUUUCUAAUCUGUCUAACAGUUAAAAUAACUAUGCUUUCACGAUUGCUUAAGGAACACCAGGCUAAACAGAAUGAGAGGAAAGAAUUGCAAGAGAAGCGCAGGCGGGAGGCCAUUGCAGCCGCUACAGCUCUGACUGAAGCAUUGGUGGACCACCUUAAUGUUGGAGUGGCUCAAGCCUAUGUCAACCAGCGCAAACUUGAUCAUGAAGUGAAAACAUUGCAGAUCCAGGCUAGCCAGUUUGCUAAACAAACUGCUCAAUGGAUCAGUAUGGUGGAGAAUUUUAAUCAGGCACUAAAGGAAAUUGGUGAUGUUGAGAACUGGGCACGGAGUAUUGAAAUGGAUAUGAGGACCAUUGCUACUGCCUUGGAUUAUGUGCAUCGUGGCCAACUCCAGCCGGCCACCUCCUGACUGAUACUUACCUAAUAUGUUGUGCUCAAUGGGAGGAGUGAAGGUGACUGUCAAUAUCAGCCAGACCAGUUACAGAACUUCUGGAGAAUGCAGCCAUUGCUGAAAUAAAUAUCAGUCUCCGCCAAUCAGAUACUAGUAAUUGCUUUUUGAUAACACAGAAGGAGGUGGAUUUUUAUAAGAAUUCUCCGAAAUGUUUAGGUGGUUUGGGGUAUUGCAACAGAGUACCUUCAGACUUUUGAUGUGCACCGGACUGUAUAUCUAUGUACAUCAUAGACCUGAUGAGUUAUGAGAUGGCAUAAUGCCAGGGAGUAAAUAUUAUUUAUGUGAAAAACAUACCUGAAUGGUUGGUCCUUUUUAAUGUUUUUAAUAAAAAUGAAAUCCUUUUUCAGAAUUA